AAUUGUUCGAUUCUGGUAACCAGAAUAUUACCAUUCAGCGAACCCUGUGGAGCACAUGUGCGGUUGUAGCGGCUGAGAUUGGCUUUUUUUUUUUUUUGCUGCAACUCUCGACCUCCGAGCUCCGCCGCCCUGCGCUACCGUGACCUGUCUCCCUUACUUUCCACGGAUUGAUGGGAAUCUAAGUAUUAGAAAGGGUGGAUCUUCAGGUGUUUUGGGUUUGAGCUGAAGUCUUGUGACCAUGUCGUCUUCUUGGAUCACAUCUACUUCAUGUUCGAGUUCUGUGAUUUCAGAUGAGACUUCUCUUCCUUCUAUAUUUCAAUGGCUGAGAUUCAUUUUCCUCUCUCCAUGUCCACAAAGAGCUCUGUUAUCUUCAGUGGAUCUGCUGUUUCUGCUCAGCCUCCUAGUCUUUGCAUUGCAAAAGCUGUACUCGAGAUUCAGAGGCAAUGUCCAUCCAGGUUCUGGCGUCGACAAGCCUCUGAUUCGAAGGAACAGGACCUCUCCCAGAACUACCAUAUGGUUUAAACUCUCUUUGGUUGUGACUGUUCUUUUGGCAUUCUGUUACAUCAUCGUCUGCAUUCUGGCAUUCUGUAGAACUGAUCUGUUGCCAUGGAAGCAAGUGGAUGGACUGUUCUGGUUAGUUCAAGCCAUAACUCAUGCAGUGAUUGCCAUCCUAAUCAUCCAUGAGAAGAGAUUUGAAGCUGUCACUCAUCCGCUCUCUCUUAGGGCUUACUGGGUUGUGAAUUUUAUCAUCGUUUUGCUGUUCGCAGCUUCUGGAAUAAUUCGUCUGGCGUCUGUUGAUGCAACCCAGGUUGAGAACUUGAGAUUGGAAGAUAUAGUUUCGGUGGUUUCUUUUCCAGUGUCAGCCCUUCUUCUUUUUGUUGCUGUUAGAGGAUCAACUGGGAUAACGGUGAGCAGAGAAUCUGAACCAGAAAUGGAAGAAGAAACUAAACUGCACCAACCCCUUUUGAGCAAAGAAAACGUGAGUCGUUUUGCUUCAGCUUCUGUAUUAUCUAAGGCCUUUUGGCUUUGGAUAAAUCCUCUUCUGAGUAAAGGGUACAAAUCCCCUCUUACCAUGGAGGAUGUGCCAUAUCUUUCACCAGAGCACAGGGCUGAGAAGAUGUCAAAACUGUUUGAGUUGAAUUGGCCUAAACAGCAGGAAAAUUCAAAGCACCCUGUUAGAACAACAUUGCUUCGCUGCUUUUGGAAGGAAGUAGCCUUUACUGCUUUCCUUGCGAUUGUGCGGCUCUGUGUUAUGUAUGUUGGUCCUGUUCUAAUUCAAAGUUUUGUGGAUUACACUGCUGGGAAGAGGAGUUCUCCCUAUGAAGGAUAUUACCUUAUAAUGAUUCUACUCGUUGCAAAGUUCAUUGAAGUUUUAUGCACUCACCAAUUUAACUUCAAUUCUCAGAAACUUGGAAUGCUUAUUCGUGCUACCCUUAUCACUAAUUUGUACAAGAAGGGGUUGAAGUUAACUUGCUCUGCUCGUCAGGCCCAUGGGGUUGGACAGAUUGUGAAUUACAUGGCUGUAGAUGCCCAGCAGCUAUCUGAUAUGAUGUUGCAGCUACAUGCUAUGUGGUUGACACCUUUGCAGGUUGGUGUUGGUCUGGUGCUCCUGUAUAGGUACCUCGGUGCCUCUGUGAUCACCUCAGUGCUGGGACUUUUUGGUUGUCUUAUCUUUGUUAUAAUGGGAACCCGAAGGAACAACAGGUUCCAAUUCAAUGUGAUGAAAAAUCGUGACUCAAGAAUGAAAGCAACAAAUGAGAUGCUUAAUUAUAUGCGAGUGAUUAAGUUCCAGGCCUGGGAAGAACACUUCAGUAAGAGAAUCCUAUCUUUCCGUGAAACAGAAUUUUCAUGGCUGUCCAAGUUCCUGUAUUCAAUCUCUGGGAAUAUAAUAGUGAUGUGGUCCGCACCAUUACUGAUAUCAACCCUCACAUUUGGUACUGCAAUUCUUCUAGGAGUGCCACUAGAUGCAGGGACAGUGUUCACAACCACAACAGUCUUUAAGAUCUUGCAGGAGCCCAUCAGAGCUUUCCCGCAGUCCAUGAUCUCACUUUCACAAGCAAUGAUAUCGUUAGGAAGAUUGGAUAAUUACAUGAUGAGCCGGGAAUUGGUGGAUGCGUCAGUGGAAAGACAAGAAGGCUGUGAUGGUAUUGUUGCUGUGGAAGUUAAAGAUGGGAAGUUUAGCUGGGAAGAUGAGAAUGGUGAGGAGGUUUUGAAAAAUAUAAAUUUGGAGAUCAGGAAAGGGGAGCUUACUGCUAUUGUUGGGACUGUUGGAUCUGGGAAGUCUUCUCUCCUGGCUUCAAUUCUUGGUGAGAUGCACAAGAUCUCAGGAAAGGUCAGGGUUUGUGGUACAACUGCCUAUGUAGCACAAACAUCCUGGAUUCAAAAUGGUACAAUUGAAGAGAAUAUCCUAUUUGGCUUGCCAAUGAACAGGGAGAAAUACAGGGAAGUUAUCAGAGUUUGUUGUUUGGAGAAAGACUUGGAAAUGAUGGAGUUUGGAGAUCAGACUGAAAUUGGAGAACGGGGCAUCAACCUUAGUGGUGGCCAGAAGCAGCGGAUACAACUUGCAAGGGCUGUUUAUCAAGAUUGUGACAUCUACCUUCUUGAUGAUGUCUUUAGCGCUGUUGAUGCUCAUACUGGUUCAGAUAUAUUUAAGGAAUGUGUAAGAGGAGCGCUCAAAGGAAAGACUAUUUUGCUUGUAACCCACCAAGUAGAUUUCUUGCACAAUGUUGAUCAUAUCUUGGUGAUGCGAGAUGGGAUGAUAGUUCAGUCAGGAAAGUACGAUAAUUUGCUAGAUUCUGGCAUGGAUUUUGGAGCCCUUGUAGCUGCACAUGAAACAUCCAUGGAACUUGUAGAAGUAGGUGCCACCAUGCCUGGUGAAAAUUCGUCCAAACUAACAAAAUCAUUUUCAAAUAUUGGGGAAGCAAAUGGUGAAAGUAAUUCCCGAGAUCAGCCAAAGUCUAAUAAGGGGGACUCCAGGCUAAUCAAAGAUGAGGAGAGGGAAAGUGGAAAAGUCAGCUUAAAUGUGUAUAAAUUAUACUGCACAGAGGCUUUUGGCUGGUGGGGUGUGUCUGCAGUGCUGCUACUCUCUCUGAUAUGGCAAGCCUCUCUGAUGUCUGGUGAUUAUUGGUUGUCAUAUGAAACUUCAGCACAGCGGGCUACAUCAUUCAACCCUUCAGUGUUCAUUUCUGUCUAUGCAAUCAUUGCUGCUUUCUCCGUUGUAUUGCUAGUGUUUAGAUCAUUUUUUGUUACGCUUAUGGGACUGAAGACGGCACAAAUAUUUUUUGGACAAAUUCUUCAAAGCAUCUUGCAUGCCCCCAUGUCCUUCUUUGAUACCACACCUUCAGGAAGAAUUCUAAGUCGGGCAUCAUCAGAUCAGACCGAUGUAGAUAUCUUCAUCCCCUUCUUUAUUGGGAUUACUGUUGCCAUGUAUAUUACUCUGCUCAGCAUCUUCAUCAUGACUUGCCAAUAUGCUUGGCCAACAGUUUUCUUAUUAAUUCCAUUUGGUUGGCUGAAUAUCUGGUAUCGGGGAUAUUAUCUUGCAUCAUCUCGAGAAUUAACACGUCUUGAGUCUAUUACAAAAGCACCUGUUAUCCAUCACUUCUCAGAAAGCAUCUCUGGGGUUAUGACAAUCCGCUCCUUCAGAAAGCAGGACGGGUUUUGUCAGGAAAAUAUUGACCGUGUGAAUUCAAAUUUGCGUAUGAAUUUCCACAACAAUGGAUCGAAUGAGUGGUUGGGUUUCCGUUUGGAAUUGAUUGGGAGUCUCAUCCUCUGUCUCUCUACUAUGUUCAUGAUCUUGUUGCCUAGCAGUAUAAUAAAUCCAGCCAAUGUCGGUUUAUCUCUCUCCUAUGGACUAUCCCUCAAUGCUGUAUUGUUUUGGGCCAUAUACAUGAGCUGUUUUGUGGAAAAUAAGAUGGUUUCCGUGGAAAGGAUCAAGCAGUUUUCAAAUAUCCCGCCAGAAGCUACAUGGCACAUUAAAGAUCGUCUUCCUCCUCCAAGUUGGCCUGCUCAUGGCAAUGUUGAGAUCAAAGACCUGCAGGUUAGAUAUAGACCAAACACUCCUCUGGUGCUCAAAGGCAUAACUCUGAGCAUUAAUGGGGGUGAGAAGAUUGGCAUUGUUGGCCGGACAGGGAGUGGGAAGUCAACUUUAAUCCAAGUUUUCUUCAGGCUUGUGGAACCAACAGGAGGAAGAAUAAUUAUUGAUGACAUAGAUAUCUGCAUGCUAGGGCUUCACGAUCUUAGGUCACGCUUUGGGAUUAUUCCUCAAGAACCUGUCCUUUUUGAAGGAACUGUGAGAAGCAACGUUGAUCCAAUAGGACAAUAUUCUGAUGAAGAAAUAUGGAAGAGCCUUGAGCGCUGCCAACUUAAAGAUGUGGUGGCUUCAAAACCCGAUAAACUUGAUGCUUUAGUGGCAGAUAAUGGAGACAAUUGGAGUGUGGGGCAGAGGCAGCUACUGUGUCUAGGAAGGGUUAUGCUGAAGCACAGCAGGCUCUUGUUCAUGGAUGAAGCAACUGCAUCCGUUGAUUCACAAACUGAUACAGUGAUCCAAAGGAUCAUAAGGGAGGACUUUGCUGCCUGCACAAUUAUCAGUAUUGCUCACAGAAUACCCACAGUCAUGGACUGUGACAGAGUUCUAGUCGUAGAUGCAGGAAAGGCAAAAGAGUUCGACACUCCCUCCCGCUUGCUUGAGAGGCGAUCGCUUUUUGCUGCAUUAGUUCAGGAGUACGCCAACCGUGCUGCUGGACUAUAAGCAAGCAGAUAUUCUGCUUUAUUUAUAUUGCUUUGUUUAAUUCCCCUGCCAUCGAUGUCAGAGAAUCUACUCUAGUCUUUUUUACUCAAAAUGCCAAAGGCAGCAGUGAACUGUUCAUAAUUCAGAAUAUCUCCAUCUAUUAUUGUUAUUUGUACCUGAACAUUGAAGCAAAUGUUAUCUACAAAAUUUUAGCCUAUGUUAAUCAAAAUGCAGCAUUUAA